AUGUAUCAAUUUCCGGGAGUUGUAGUUGGAAAAGCUUCAUUAUUACCAUUAUUUAAUGACAAUGAUCAGGUAUCUAUUGCAUUUGUUGAUUCCAAAAAUUCCGAUAAUGAUGAUCUUAUCAAAGACAUAAAAACACUUUUAAGUGAUGAUAAUUUAAAAAUAUUUUCGGAUCUAUGUUUAUUUAUUCAUUAUAUUGUGAACAAUGAUGGACAAAAACUAAUUUUACUAAUUUUAUCUAGUGAUGUAGCAAAACAAAUUAUUUCAAUUAUUCAUGAUAGAUUGGAAAUCAUUUCAAUUUAUAUAUAUUGUAAAGAUGAACCACAAAAACAAAAAUGGAUAGCAAAAAAUUAUUCAAAAACGAUCAAUAAAAUUUUUACGGAUAAAAUACUAUUAAUGAAACAUUUAGACGAUUAUAGAUCAAAUUGUGCAAAUGUCAAUAAAAAAAGACCACUGCGAUCUCUAUGUUGUUUCAGGCGUCAAGAAAAUAAUUCCAUACGAAAUCUAAGUAAGCAAUCAACUGAAUUUAUUUGGUUUCAACUAAUAAUUGAAAUUUUACUACGAAUGCCAUUCACGAAAGAUACAAAAGACAUCAUGAUAAAAGCGUGUCUUGAUUAUUAUCAUGACAAUGAAAUAGAAAAGAAAAAUAUUUUAGACUUUGAAUCCACUUUCUGUUCUGAACAUGCAAUAAGAUGGUAUACAAGACCAUGUUUUUGUCCUCGUUUAACAAAUAAAGUACGGGGCACACAAGAUCCUGAUUGUUUAUUUACAUUUCGAUUUAUUAUCACAGAAAUUCAUAAUCAAAUAUAUUCUCUACAUCAGCACAAUCUUACGCAGCAAGUACCAACAGUUAUUUAUCGAGGUAAAGUUAUAUCAACUAUGACAUUAAAAACUCUGAAAAAUAAUAUCAAUGGCCUGGUAUCUAUUAAUGGAUUUCUAUCAGCUACUCGAGAAGAAUCUGUUGCUGAUAUGUACUCUGGUAAAGGAGCAACCGUACCUUUUGGCUAUGAACGGGUUUUAUUUAAACUAUGCAUUAUAAGAAAAAUAGAAGAUAAAAUUUUAAUACAACCUUAUGCUUCCAUAAAGCAAUUUAGUCAUAUACCGGAUGAAGAUGAAAUAUUAUUCUCAGUUGGUACAAUGUGGCGUAUAACGUCUAUCGAGCAAGAUAAAUAUGAUGUAUGGAAUGUAGAUUUAUUAUUAGCUAGCGAAGAUGAUGAAUGUAGGAUUGAACUAACACAAUAUUUAAAAGAACAAUUAGGGGAAAAAUCAACACUGUUAAUGUUUGGAAAAUUUCUUAGUGAAAUAGGUGAAUAUAAAAAAGCAGAUAAAUACUACAAAAUACUAUUGAAUGAGUUACCCGAACAUCAUGAAGAUCUAGGACCAAUUUAUAAUGAUCUUGGCUGUCUUCGAUUAGGUCAGGAUGAAUAUCAUUUGGCUGAAGAAUAUUUUAAAAAAGCCAUGGACUACUGCACUAAGAGCACUAAUACCAACAAAGAUAAUCCAUCUUUACCCAUUUCAAUUUAUAAUCAUGCUAUUGUAGCUAAGCAGUGUAAUAAGACUCUUCAAUCGUCGUCCACUUCUUCAUCAUUACAAAAUACAAUAGAAUUAAUAACAAAAUCGUUAUCGUCCAGUAAUACAUCCCUAAUGCAUAAACUUCUAAAUAAUGAUGGUCUUGCUAAUUAUCAAAAUGGAAAAUAUGCUGAAGCUUUAGAUAAAUUUCAACAAGCGCUUAAUGAAUCAGAAAGGAAACAAAUGUAUUAUCCACCGGAUUUAUCAACGAUCUAUAAUAAUAUUGCUGCUGCUUAUUUUAAAUGCCGACGAUAUCAAGAAGCUUUAGAAUAUUUUCAACAAGCAAUAAGAACUGGUUUAACAUUUUGGUUACCCAAUCACUCAUCGAUUUUAGAUUAUACAAAUAAUAAAGGAAUUGUGUUAAAAUAUCUUGCAACAGAACGAGAAUAA